AUGGCCGAGUUUGUCACGGACAACCCCAACAUCUUUGAGGAACUAGGAAGGUACCUCAAGAGGCAGGGAAAAGAAAAAGCCGAGUCUUCCAAGAGGAGACCGACGAAGUCCCCUGAAGUGCCCUCAGGCGAGGACUCCGAAGAUGGGCGUCUAUCUCGGAGCACCUCCAGGCGAGCCUCAUCCAAGGCAACCUCCAAGAUUGCCUCCAUCUCCCGAGCGUUUUCUCGGGGACUACUGGGAAAACGAGCCGAGGACCCACCUCGGCGUCCCGGAGGCCUAGCUUCUGAUUACAUGAGGGCUCCGCCCUUCACUGAUGACAUCAACGGGGAAAUGGUGCCCCCGAACUUUAAGCUUCCAAAUUUGCACACCUAUGACGGCCGAGGUGACCCCGAGGAUCACCUCCGCGCCUUCAUCUCCGCAUUCCGACUCUACUGCGUCCCCGACGCCGUGAUCUGUCGGGCUUUCCCCAUCUUCCUGCACGGGACCGCCCGGAAGUGGUUCUGGAGUUUAGAACCGGGGAGCAUUUCCUCCCUGGAUGAGCUGAUAGACCGGUUCAUCCACCGCUUUGUGUCGUCUCGACCAAUAACAAAGACUUCAGCUUACCUCUUGAACCUGCAACAGGGUCAGGGCGAGUCACUUCGCUCGUACGCCCAAAGGUUCAACGAGGAGAAUGUACAGAUACCUGACCAGAACGAGCAGGUAACUAUUGCUGCCUUCACCAACGGGUUAGUAGCAGGGAUCUUUAACACCGAAAUCCAUCGGCAGUACCCCCGUACACUCCGGGAGCUCUGGGAAAGAGUGGACCAGGGAAUCCGAAGUGAAGAUGUAAAUCGCAUGAAGCUAGAAGCCCAAGCAUCUCGUACGGGGCAAGAUCCCCGGAGGAGGAAAGACACUGGCCGAGGUGAACCAGGCCCAAGUGGCACUUCAAACCAACCCCGAGACCGCCGAAGUGUCUUCGACCGGAUCGUGAAAGGCAGAUCGUCCACCUCGGACGCCGAGCUGACGCCCCUCAAUUCGAGCCGGACCCACGUCCUGGCUGUGAUGAGGCAGAAUCACCUCGGCCGCAACCCCCCCGAAAUUCCGGGGAGGAGAGAUAAGAGGAACUCGAACCUCUACUGUGCCUACCACCGUGAUGUAGGGCACGAGACUGAAGACUGCAAUGACCUGAAGCGGGAAAUCGAAAAUUUGAUCCGGCAAGGAUACCUGAAGCAAUUCGUCCGCAAGGAUGGAGGCUUCAACCGAAGCGUAUCCCACCGGGAGAACCGGGGCCCUCGCCGCGACGACCGACGGGACACGAACAUGCAUUGCCGUGGUCCCGAAGACCGUAGGGAGGACAAGCAGCCCCCACGCGAUGGCUCACCGGGCUACGGCCCCAACAUCGCCGGGGUGAUCAACACCAUCGCGGGAGGACCAACGGGAGGAGACAGCCAGAACUCCCGGAAGCGGACCUACCGCCAGGCCGAGAUGGAGGUGGCCGAGCCGAGCUCUCGGCUGUCCGAGGUCAUCACCUACGGUCCCGCUGACCCCGUUCCUGCGGCCUCCAGCAAUCACGAGGCUCUUGUGAUUGAAGUCCUCACCAACAACUACGUAGUCAAAAAGGUCUAUGUUGACCCCGGAAGCUCGGUAGACGUCUUGUACUACCGAACUUUCGAAAGUUUGAAGCUGACCAGGGAGCAACUCACUCCUGUCAGAACUCCUCUCGUGGGAUUCGGGGGACACGUCGUCCACCCGGAGGGCAUGUUGACCCUGAUGGUAACAAUCGGGCGUCAUCCACGCUGCCGAACUGUGCCUGUCAGUUUUGCGGUGGUCAAAGCAGACUCCCCCUACAAUAUGCUGAUAGGCCGGCCCACGCUCAACGCCUUGAGAGCCGUAUACUCCACCUACCACCUGAGCUUUAAAUUCCCAACAUCUGCGGGGGUGCCCGAGAUGAGCAGCGAUGUGGGCGCCGCCCGGGAGUGCUACCUCGCCACCAUUCAAGCAGCAGUCACCCCCCGGCCCUCACCGAGGUCAGAGGAAAAGAGGCCAGCGGUCCUCUCCAUAGACUGUAUCGACCCUCAGAAGGCAGAAGAGCCCAACAGGCUGGAGCCCGGGGAUGAGGUGGAACUAGUGGUCGUGGAUGAAGCGAAACCUGACCAAUUGGUCCAGGUAGGGGCGGGACUCCCCCCACCCCUGAAAGAAGAAAUGAUCUCCCUGAUCAAAGACCACCGAGACGUCUUCGCGUGGUCCGCGGAUGAAGUGGUCGGAGUGCCACCCGAGCUCAUGACUCACCAACUCAACGUUGACCCGCAGGCCCGACCUGUGCGACAGAAACGAAGGCACUUCGGCCCCGAACGUAGCCAAGCCAUAUCGGAUGAGGUCGACAAGUUCUUGCCGGCCAAGAUGAUCCACGAGGUCCAAUAUCCCACCUGGCUGUCCAAUCCAGUCAUGGUAAAAAAGGACACCGGGGGAUGGAGAAUGUGUGUCGACUUCACCGACCUCAACAAGGCCUGCCCCAAAGAUUGCUAUCCUCUGCCAAGGAUAGACGCCCUCGUCGACGCGGCGAUGGGGUAUGAAAUCCUCUGCUUCCUAGAUGCCUUCAAAGGGUAUCAUCAAAUAGGAAUGAGUGAGGAGGACCAAGAGAAAACGGCGUUCUACACCGAACGAGGUACUUAUUGUUACACUACCAUGCCCUUCGGGCUAAAGAACGCCGGGGCGACCUACCAAAGGCUGAUCAACCGACUCUUCCAGAAUCAGAUCGGCCGCAAUGUGGAGGCCUAUGUGGAUGACAUCCUCGUUAAAAGCCUCGCCACUUCAUCCUUUCUGUCAGACGUGAGGGAAGUCUUUGGUGUCCUGCGAGACUCGAGGAUGAAGCUGAAUCCCAAGAAGUGCGUCUUCGGCGUCACCUCGGGAAAAUUCUUGGGGUAUCUGGUUUCCCACCGGGGAAUCGAGGCCAACCCCGACAAGGUGAAAGCCAUUCAGGACAUGUCCCCACCUCGGAACAUCCGAGAAGUCCAACGGCUGAAUGGACGCCUGGCCGCGCUGAAUCGCUUCCUGUCCCAAUCAGCCGAGAAAGCUCUGCCUUUCUUUAAGGUGCUGAAGAAUGCUGACCAGUUCGCCUGGACUGAGGAGUGUCAGGCUGCUUUCGACCAGCUGAAGCAGUACUUGCAUCACCUACCAACACUCGCUUCACCUCGGCCCGAGGAGAAGCUCUACCUCUACCUCUCCGCAGCCGACGAGGCUGUCAGCGCUGUGCUCAUCCGAGAUGAGGGCACCCAAGUGCCGGUCUACUACGACCGACCAGCCCAUUCGGCAAAUAUUGGUGCGACCCGAACUUCUGGUCGCCUCACCAAGUGGGCUGUCGAAUUGGGAGAAUAUGACUUGUCCUACGAGCCACGCACCGCCAUAAAAGCUCAAGCUUUAGCUGACUUCCUUGCUGAGCUCACCUUCACGGAAGGUCCGGAGUCCACCUCAGCCUUACCCGAGGUGUCCACCUCAUCCCUGUGGACAUUGUAUGUCGAUGGAUCCUCUAAUGGAGACGGCUGCGGAGCCGGACUGCUCCUGGAAGGACCUCAGGGGGAGGUUUGCUCUUACGCCCUCCGCUUUGACUUCCCGGCCACCAACAAUGAAGCCGAGUACGAGGCUCUAAUCGCUGGACUCCAGCUAGCCCGCAAGCUCGGCGCCCAGCAAAUCCACGUCCGCAGUGACUCCCAACUCGUGGUACGCCAAGUUAUUGGUGAGUACGAGGCCAAGGAUGAGACCAUGCAACGGUACCUCUCCAAAGUUCACCAACUCACCGCGUACUUCAAGUCAUUCGAAAUCCAAAGGAUCCCUCGGUCCCAGAAUAAGCGAGCCGACGCCUUAUCCCGGCUGGCUUCCACUUCAUUCUCUGACCUCAGCAAAACCGUCUUGGUGGAGGUCCUGAGUGAACCAGGGUACGUGGAAGAGGUGGCCUGCCCCGUGCACUCUGAAGAAACUUGGAUGACCCCGUUCAUCCUUUUCUUGGGUCAAGGAGUCCUUCCCGAAGACCGAGCUGAAGCAAGGAAGAUACAACGCAAAGCCGCUCGGUAUGCACUCCGCGAUGGAGAACUAUAUAAGCGCUCCUACCUCGGCCCAUGGUUGAGGUGUGUCACCCCCGAGGCAGGACGCGAGGUCCCCCACGAGAUCCACGAGGGCCUAUGUGGGGCUCACAUCGGCCACAGGAUGCUAGCUAAGAAAGCUAUGCUCCUGGGAUAUUUCUGGCCAUCACUUCGGCAAGACUCCCAGGACCUCGUUCUCGGCUGCCCUUCCUGCCAAGUCCACGCACCCGAGCACCACCAGCCUUCAAACUUCAUGGUCCCCAUCACUUCACCCUGGCCGUUUGAGCAAUGGGGGACAGACAUCAUAGGUCCCUUCCCCAAAGCCGUCGGGGGUUAUACAUUCUUAGUAACCGCUGUGGAUUACUUCACCAAGUGGGUCGAGGCCGAGCCACUUCGGACCAUCUCAGGGCUGGCCAUUCAAAAAUUCUUUUGGAAGUGCAUUAUCUGCCGCUUCGGCAUACCUCGGGUCAUCAUCUCGGACAAUGGGAGACAGUUUGCCGAGAACCCGUUCAAGACUUGGUGCGAGAACCUCGGCAUCAAACAACACUUCACUUCGGUAGGCCACCCCCAGGCCAAUGGUCAAGCAGAAAACUUCAACCGGACUCUUCUACAUGGUCUCAGGACCCGACUACACCGAGCUGGGUCAUCUUGGGUGGAGGAACUCCCCAGUGUCCUGUGGUCGUAUCGGACCACGCCGAGGUCAGCGACGCGAGAGACCCCAUUCUCCCUGACCUACGGCGCCGAGGCGGUCAUCCCGGCUGAGAUCCUUACCCCCAGCCCUCGGCUGGCAGCCUAUGCCGCCGAGGUGAACGACGAAGAGAGGCAGCUGGACCUCGACCUCGUCGAAGAACGAAGGAAUCUCGCCUCAGCCCGGAUAGCUUCUUACAAGAACACACUGGCACACUACUACAAUGCCCGCGUGAGACAUCGUAGAUUCCAACCUGGAGACUUGGUUCUUAGAAAAAACUCAGUCAGCCGAGCUGAACCGCAAGGGAAAUUAUGCCCGAAAUGGGAAGGCCCUUACCGAGUUGUGGAAUCUGACGCUAAGGGGUAUUGUAAACUGAGUUACCGAGAUGGCUCAUUAGUGCCGAGGUCUUGGCACGCCGAGAACCUCAGAUUGUAUUACGCCUGA